AUGGAGGAUCUGGAGGUGGAAAUGGAGAAGCAACAGACUCAGAGACUCUGGUUCAUUUGUAUCAAGAUGAUUCAACAUGGAAACUUCUCCCUCCUUCUGGACAAUCUGAGAGCUGAAGAUGAGGGACGAUACACAUGUAGAGUUUACAGUCAGCAGGGUUCUGGAGAAACUGUGGUUCAAAUAAAAGAUGUUGGAUACCUGAGCUGCUCUGCGUGGACCUCAAGAUCACACCCACCACACAGCAGGCCAUGGAGAAAACAGAUGGGAGAUAUUAUUCUGGCCCUGCUCUUCCAAAGCAAUGGAGACUCUUACCAGAUUCAUCAGAUAGACAAUACAAGUAGAGCUGAGCUCUUCACUGCUGAGAUCCCCAAAGGAAACUUCUCUCUCAGACUGAAGAGUGUCAGAAUUGAGGAUAAAGGAGUUUAUAUGUGUUUAGUGUUUGCUGGAGGACUUUCAGCCAAUGCAACUGUAGUACUGGGAGUGGGUUUCUCUUCUUGGCACGUAGCUGUGAUAUUUUUCUGUUUUGCUGCUGGAUCUGGAGCUGUGCUUCUGUUCUGCUCUCUGAUCUACUACAGAUCAAAAAACACUGACACCAGCAGCAUAAUCUGGACUCUUCAGGUUUCUCUGGUCUUUUGUCCAAACAUCUGUAUGUUCUUGGCCUUCAUGUUUUGGGGCUUUACUGAAGGAUCUCUGCAUGAGGCUAUCACCUGCUGUGCUCUUUAUAUUCUGAGGCCUGUUAUGUUGAUGUGGGCUUUGCGCUAUUUGAAGUAUCUUCAAGACAGCCUUACAUCAUGGAUCAGGUUUUUCAGAAUAACACAUGAACUUACUGUUCUUACAGUCAUUGUUUAUUCAGUUUUUUUUGCAUAUGGCUGGAGAAUUAGUGCACGUGAACGCCGUUUAUCCUCAGGAAUAUGCUUUGGAGUUGUUGUGCUGGUCUGUCUCUUCCUGAGUGAAGGUAAGGGUUUCUGUAUGAUUUGAGUGGCAAGCUAAGUAAGCACAGAUUUAUUACGUUGAUAAAUGUAAAUUAACAAAACAAAUGUUUUUUUUUUUUUAUUCUACAAUUACCAAAAAUGAUAAUCAAGUACAUACAAAAGAGCCAUACACUUUCCUUUUAGGUCUAAGUGUGUGUUAAUGUUUAAUAGUACUAUUAGCUUUAGUUAUACUACAGGGCCGUUGAAUGCUUGAAUCUGAUUGGCUGACGAAUGUUCUGAGGUGUGCAAUUAUUUUCUGGAAAAUGCAUGGCGAACGUAGUUCCAGGCAGCUCUCUUGACCGCAUUACAGUU